AUGUCUCCUAUUACCUCUAUUCCUGGGAAAUACAUUUGGGCCACCGGAGCAGUUCUUCUCAAUUUUGCCAAAUUUCCGAUUUUAUCUGUGUAUUAUUUGCCCAAAUACACGCGACCACAUCCGGAAUGGACCGUGUUCCAAUCAGUCAUGAACAACUUGAUGAAUAGUUUUCUAUACCACACUGCUUUUGUUCAAUCAGUCACGCGGCUGGAUCUGACUCCUGGGUCUCUUGGCGAUCGUUUCGUUGCUAUUCAGCCGGGUCCUGAUCAGAUAUACGUCAAAAGCCUCGGUUCUGACCCGGGGAUCAAGCCACUGCCAACCGGAGGAAUAUGGUUUCCGACAGCCGUGGACAAGAAUCCAGCCUCCAGAUCAGGAAAACCCAUUCUGCUGCAUUUCCAUCCCGGCGGCUACGUCAUGGGAGAUGUGAGAAUGGAUGGAUCCUUUGCUGCAGGUCUCAUGACGGAACGCAUUGGUUCCCACAGCUUCUGGAGCCUUUACCGAUUGGCAUCUAAUCCGCAUGGGAAGUUCCCUGCGGCUCUGCAGGAUGCGCUCGCGGCAUACCACUAUCUCCUCAAGGACUUGUCCAUUCCAGCAUCGCAGAUAGUUCUCUCAGGAGACUCAGCAGGUGGCCACAUUGUGAUUUGCAUGCUAAGAUACCUGGCCGAACAUGGUGACGCAGUCGGAUUGCCAGCACCAAAAGGGGCGCUACUAUUCUCACCCGCGACCAACCUCGCAGCCGCCACGAACCCCAAGAGCCUCGAAGAGAAUCACAACUACCAAACGGACUAUCUGGACCCGUUGUUCAUUUCCUGGGGUGCCAGCCGGUUCGUAAACAAUGAUCCAGCAGCAGCUCCUUACAUGAACCCCUUGAAAAAGCCGUUCAAAAGCCCCUGUCCCAUUUGGGUUUACUGCGGCGGGUGCGAGGUAUUUUACGAUGAUGUAACUGAAUUUGUAGCAAAGAUGGAGAGCGUUACGGGCAACAAUGUUACCUACAGGGUGGAGAAACUGGCUAAUCAUGACAUAUUCUUUGCCGGUAACUUGAUGGGGUGGAAAGCCGAAGCAGAGAAAAUUGCGGACGAGGCUGGCGCGUGGGUGGCCGGACUUUAG